AUGGCGUUUAGCUUUGGUGCCAAAAUUCUGCUUAGUUACAGCGAAUCAAAGUCAUCAAAGAACCUGAGACAAGCGUAUGCCGAUUUCCAACAUGGCUUAAUUUCAUUUCCCUUGAACAUUCCUGGAACUGCUUAUUGGAAAUGUUUACAGGGACGCAAGAAAGCGGUAGAGAUUAUAAAAAGUAUUUUGGAGGAAAGGUGCGCAACCCCAAGGAAGAGGCAGGAGAAAGACUUCCUUGAUCUUGUGAUAGAGGAAAUUAAGAAAAAUGGGAGUUUGAUGACUGAGGCAAUGGCUUUGGAUUUGCUAUUUGUACUUGUUUUUGCUGCCUUUGAAACUACUUCAAUUACUCUGACAUUAGCUGUUAAAAAUGUUUGUGAACAUCCUAAAGUGCUGGAAGAAUUGAUUAAAGAACAUGAAGCGAUUCUGAGGAACAGAAAAAAUAUUGAAUCUGGAAUCACUUGGCAAGAAUACAAAUCAAUGAAUUUCACACAUGCGGUUAUCCAUGAAACAGUAAGGCUAGCAAAUAUUGUCCCAGGAAUUUUUAGGAAGGUGCUCAAAGAUGUUGACAUAAAAGGAUAUACUAUUCCAGCAGGUUGGAUUGUUAUGGUCUGUCCACCGGCUGUUCAUAUGAAUCCGAAGCAAUACGAUGAUCCUUUCACCUUCAAUCCAUGGCGAUGGCAGGGGCAAGUACUACAUGCAGGAUCGCAAAAAUUUAUGGGUUUCGGAGGCGGUUCAAGACUCUGUGCUGGCGCCGAAUUUUCUAAAAUGCAAAUGGCCAUUUUCCUUCACCAUUUGGUCACAAAAUACAGGUGGAGAGUGAUCAAGGGAGGAGAUAUCAUCAGAAUUCCAGCUGUUAUCUUUCCAAAUGGUUUCCACAUUCAAAUCUUGGAGAAGAAUAUCCAAAAGGAUGCCACAACAACUGAAUCAAGGGAAACAGUGUGAAGUUUUUCUUCUGAUUAUCUGCCUGCGUCGGUUCCGUCAGAUGGAUUUGC